AAAAUUAGCGGAGAUUUUAAUAUCAAAUCAAAUAAUAAUUGCCGAAACAGAUUUCACUUGGACAGCAAGAUACAGAACUUUGAAUUCCUCGCGCUGCCAUCUUUGUUUUCUUCCCGAAUCGAUCUCUGUGAAGAACGAAGAUUUCCUCUCUGAAAACAGUUGAAUUUGAAAUCUAGGGCAAAAAAGCCCUAGUUGUAAUGAAUAGAUAGGGUAAUUUUUUAUAAAUAGUGAGGGAUGGAUCCCGAGGAGACCUUCAUUCGGGUUCAAGAACGGUUCUCGAAGAUGCUCACCCCGAGAAUCAGAGUUGCUCUUGAGUAUAUCUAUCUGGUCAUGGCCAUAGCUCUGUUCUGUUUGUUGGUCGUUAUGCACGCGAAUUAUGUCCAACAGCCUGGCUGUUCAAGUGAGCUUUCUGGAGUUGAAACAGAAGAAGCCCAACUUGUGCAAAUUAAGAUAACCAGUAGUGGGCUGUGGUCACGAAAUGCAGCUGAAUCUAAUUUGAUCGAUAUUUCCGAACAGGAAACUUCAACUGAGAAUUUAGAAGUUCCAAAUGUUGAUGGUGAUGGGCUGACAUUUUUGGCUGCAAAAAAUUGGUUAAAUUGGAUAGGUACAAGUGCUAGGAGGAGCAAAUUGGUCUUCAAAUCAUGGAAGACUGAUAAUGAAAUUAUUGAGCCUCUAGGAGAAAGUUCAACUGAUAUUAUUGGCUCUAAGCCAGAUGUUGAUGAAGUAGAAAAUCAUGUUGGUUUUCCUACAUCUGCAAGAGAAUCAUUGAAAGCGUCUUUUAUUCACUUCUGCAGCAAGUGGCUAAGGCGUGUCUCCUUCAUCUGGGGACAUGUAAAACAAUUGUUGUGGAGUUUUCACCACUUAUGGGUACAGAAUACUGCAGGUGUGGAUCUAUAUUUUAAUAUUCCCAAAUGGUCACAACUUCUGCACCUGGAAAGGCUUAACUCAUUUGCAGUGGAAUGGCUUGAAAAGAGAAGCAAGGCAUUUGAACCAACCUAUAUAUACACUGUUGAAAAGGGUUACUUUUUGCUUCCUGAAGGAGCUAAAUCUAGGCACAACAUACGUACUGUUAACAUCAGCAUAUCUGCCACACAUUCCUGCUUUGGGAACAGGUGGCAGCAACUUCUCAUUAACAGCUUUGUUGGAUAUGACACAAUACUGAUGAAUAGUUUACUGAAUUCUCCUGGCCAAGGUUAUCUUUAUAAUUAUCAAACCAAGGAGUUCUAUGAUCUAAGUUAUGCACAUGAACCAACAGGGAGUUCUACAAGAUUUGGAGAUUACUUUGUGACGAAAUGUGGUGUGCUUAUGAUGUCCCUGUUUGUUUUCUUCACAACAACCAUGUCAGUUUCCUUUACACUCAGAGAGACGCAGACACGCAUGCUGAAGUUCACAGUGCAGCUUCAACACCAUGCUCGACAUCAACUUCCAACUUUUCAGUUGAUCUUUGUGCAUGUCAUUGAGUCACUAGUCUUUGUACCGAUAAUGAUCGGCAUACUGUUUUUUCUGUUUGAGUUUUAUGAUGAUCAGCUGCUUGCCUUCAUGGUUUUAAUUCUUGUAUGGCUGUGUGAACUGUUUACUCUGAUCAGUGUCCGGACACCAAUAUCAAUGAAGUUCUUCCCUCGCUUCUUCUUGCUCUAUUUUCUGGUGUUUCACAUAUAUUUCUUUUCGUAUGCUUAUGGUUUUUCAUAUUUAGCUUUCUCUGCAACUGCAGCAUUCAUGCUACACCUCAUCCUAUACUUCUGGAACCGCUUUGAGGUCCCAGCUCUACAAAGAUUUUUGCAGAACCGUCGAUCUCAGCUUCAGCAGCCUCCAGAUUUCCAUAUCACUUCCUCUACCAUCCUGGCCUCGACGUUGCAUAUCACAAGAUUAAACACAAGGAACACAGGUGCAGUUAAUGGGGAUCCUGGUUCUUUACCUGCGCAUAGACCUGGGCUGGAUGAAGCUAGGUCGCCCAACGAUGCAACCGAAGAACCAACUGAAAUUAACAACUCAGAUACUGUGGACAGUCCCCUACAAUUUCCUGAACCACCAGAUCCUCAACAAGCAGAAGCAAACACCAACCCUGGCUCACUUAAUUCAUUCAGUUCAUUGCUGCUGUGGAUCUUAGGUGGGGCAUCCUCUGAAGGCCUAAAUUCCUUUUUUUCCAUGUUCAGAGAUGUGAGAGACCAGGGCCAAGUUUUUGAAGAUUCUCCACAGCAGGAAAACCGAACAGCCCAGAGUUCUAGAUGGUGGAGGUCAUAGGAGUUGAGGUUGUUCGCGGGUGGUGGUUGUCUAGCCUGGUUCCUUGUGCUUGGUAAAUGUGGGCCCAGUUAUUACAUUAAACAGCCUUCUGAAGGAAUGUUGCCCCAGAAGUGUUCAAACAGCCUGUGUAUAGCUGAUGUUGACGAAAAUUGCUUGGUUUACUGUGAUGUAUCAUGUAACCC